CCUCCCUCUCUCACCACCACCAUCUUCUCUCAUCCUCUCUUUCACUCUCACUCACUCUCUCAUCGCACUCUCCAUCAACAACUUGGCCCAUCUUGUGGCCGUCCGUUCCUUACCAUUAACGACGUCCCUUUGUGUCCACUUGCCUCAAAGAAUUCCCUGUUCGUUUGCAGCUUUCACCCGCCGUCGACGCUUGCUCUGGUUGUCUACGAUUGGGUCUCCAAUGAGUCGAGGUCGAUACGUUUGAUGGGUUCCUUGGAUCCGGUGUCGCUUUCCUUCGGUAUUGUCGACGCCUCUCGAUUCCAGACUCGUUAGUUUUCUGUCACAAAAGGGAUAUCCGGCCGGAUACCCAAGCUUUUUCCAUCACUAUGGCUUCCAUGUCUUUUGCCUCCCCGGAACCACACUGGAUCCAGUCGGGCGGGCCGCAGAACACUUAUGAGGGACGAAGGAGCUCGGCAGCUGAUGCUUCUCUCAGUUCUCCAUUCAACUUCACCCCACAGGAGAUGCAACCUCGACACUCCUUUCCACACAAGAAAAUACCGCCUCCUCUCCCUGCGUUCUCCUUCCCUCAGGCCCCGGAGUCUGGCCCUGCUUCGGCACCGAUAACGACCGGUCCGCAACACUCUGGUGGAUAUCAAGACCGAGACGGUGAACAGAAUGGCGGAGAAAACUUCACUGUUCUUCCUCCGUCUACUGCUGCUCUACCCAAUCCUGGACCAGGGCUUAGCGCCCGUGGGCCAGGUCGGCGUGGCCAUGCUCAUCGUAGGUCAGCAGCCAUCUCGAGCGUGGAUCUAACAGCAAUUUCGAAAGCAUUCCCGCCGAAACCAGUGAAUGGAAGCGCUCCGUCCACUCCCGUCGAUACGAAAAAGCACCCUUUUGGACAUGAAGACACUACGAAUAUAAGCCCGCAUUCUCAUACGAAUGUGAAUGUCACCUAUACUCCACCACUUACUCCUCGUAAAUCUGAUGAUCGUCUGAAAUCAUCACCAGGCUUGAAAUCAGAGUCCGCAGAAACUUCGCCUGAAGGGCGUCGUCUUUACAUCGCUCCGUCAGAAGACAGCACACCUGCCGUUCGUCCGAAGCAUCCUCGAUCAGAUAGUACAGCAGCUGCGUCUGGAACCAUAACUCCACCCGGCGACCUCACCAACCGACCGAAAACUGCGGGAGCAAAGCACGAUUUGAGCAAUACCUUCAGUGGCUCAAAAGAUGACAUGACAGAGCGGCCACGCACUGCUUCGGCUUCCAUAACUCUUUCGACUGAAGCUCUAGAGUCCCUACCCAAGUUGCCACAAGCCAAGCCUACUUCUCGACAUCCGUUGUGCAAUUCGGUGCUUUCCGAAGAAAUACCAUCAACCCCUCAGCGAGCACUAUCCAGCCGGAAACAAAACAAGAAGCAAAAGAAAAUGCGCUCAUGGGCUGGUAUCCUUACCAGAAAAGCCAAGAAGAGAGGAACUAAGAGACCCCCGUCUAGAAAAGCUCCUACGCCACCACCGAUGCUGACUCGAACAAACUCUGCAAUGAGCUCCUUAUACGGAGUUGAUUUUGACGAAGACAACACGAUUGUAAUCCGCACACCAACAGAUCCUAAUGCACCUCGCCGUUCCUUGCCUGCUGCCUUGACUGAGGAUACCCUCAGCCUAGACACCUCAUGGAAACCUCAAAGUUUCUAUGAUCAAGCAAGGGAUCUGGAUAUGUUUAGUCCCGUUAUCGAUUUGGACGCGGCUUUGGGUCCAUUCAAUACCCCAGAGAUGGGCCCCGAACGUCCAGUUAGCGGGUUUUCUGCAGCGACUAAACGGAUGUAUAGUGGCGGUAGAAGAGGGGAGUUUGUUGGUCCGGAAAUGCGGUAUCAUCGUCGUGCAGAAAGUGCACCCGUAAUGCAACCAUUUGAUCGAACUGGACUUGGCCUCAGUCGCUAUAGCACAGCGGCAAUGCUUAACCCUGAUGUAUUUGACGAGAAGGAAGAGGACGAGUUCCUUGCAGAAAACAACAACCCCCAACAAGCCGAUACACCAACCCAGUCGAAAUCCCCCCAGGAAUCUGUUGCAGAUACUGCAGAUCCGUCGGUUAAACACGAUUCUGCGUCUACAAUCAAAUAUGAGGCAUCAAAAAAUACCUCUGGACUAGGAAUACAGAUCGUUGACAUCGCCGAUGAACUACUGUCCUCAAACGCUACAACUCCUCAGACUGUUGAUAGCUGCCCAAGCACAACGGUUGCCGGGACACCCUGCACUCCGGACUGGGAUGUUUCUGGCCUUCCUCGUAGCUCCCAGAUGGAUGUAUCCCCAAAGAAAACUGUGGAAAUAGAGCAGUCAUCGAAUCCAUCAUCUCCACCGGUGGCUCAUCAUGAGAAACAUCUAUCCACAUCCCUUGACUCUUCCAAUACUAUCUCGAGCACUCCUCAGAAAUUUCAGCCUGGUAAAACCAUCACCGACGCGGCGUGCCCCUCCCCUGAUCCAUCCACAACAUCGUUCGACCCUCCUCGUCUCGGGACGCCAUCUUCGAUCACCGAUAGACAAACGUUCAACUCUGUCUAUAGUGGUGAGCCUGGAAGUGAAUGCUUCCACAAUUCAGUUGAAGAUGUUCCAUCAUUGACAAGCAGUGCAUCAACAAUGACCGGAACGCUUCCACGGUUGUCAGCCGGAUUCUAUGCCAAGGGUACCGGGGAUCGCUCAUCUUCUUUUUCUGCCUUGCAUCGUCCGAGACCCAGCUCAUCCCACACCACCAAGCGAUCGAGUCUCGUCAGCCUCUCAAAACUAGUUGGUGUGGCAUCAGCGGAAAGGAGCAAGCUUAGUUACGAACAGAAAGCUCCCUCUGACGAUGCAGACAAGAAGAAGAAAAAGAGGGGUAACCGAAUUAGUCGCCUUAUGCAUUUCUGGAAGAGCAAGGAGAAGGGGAAGCAAGACGAGACAAAGCCAUAAAAAUAUUUUUGUUUUCGACACAGUCACGGUGAAUCAGGCGAUCUUUUCGAUAUCCUUGGGUGGGCUUAUUUGUUGGGCGUAUAUAUGGGGAAAUCAACUUUAUGGAUGAAAAUUGGCUCUACCCCUGUCUCUGUUCGGUUACACUAUGAAAUCACCUACCUCUUUAAUCUUCCGCUUUCCGCGGCCCCAGUCGCGCAUUAUAUCUCGUUGCUAGCGUUGUUACGGUGCAUUUCUUAAAAUAUUGUUCAUCGCGUUUCGUUCGCUCUCCUUGGGAAGCGAACACAUUCUAUGAUCUUCAAAGGUUCGACAUUGAUGGCUCCAAGUGUUUGUUCUUACUUUCAAUU